AUUUUGAAAUCUGUCUCUCCUUUAAAUUCUCUUCCUAUGGUGAGGCCUCUUUGUUACUUUUUAUCAAUUUCCAAUUUCUGUUCUUUCAUAAAAUCAAGAAUCUCAAAAGCACAAUGGAUUAUCAAGAAGCAGGUUCAUCAUUGAGUACUAGACUCAUUUGUCUAUCUCCUAUCUAAAAUCUCCUUUUUUAUUUUUCAUAAGUUGAUCAUGUUUUUUGAAACAUUCUCUCUCACUUUGCAUAGCAGGAAGACAAAAGGUUAAUAUUGAGCAGCCGGUAAAAGAUAAAGAGAGUGAAUGGAAUCAUCGGAGAAGCUUGGCAUGGGACUCAGCCUUCUUCACUACCCCUGGUUUCUUCUCAGUCUCCUUAAUGACGACUACUGUGAAAUUCAAGAACCUCAAGAACACACAGUAGUUUGUUUACACGAUGCCGACGAUUUUUUACAACUUUUUUGUUUUGUUUUGUUUUGUUUUGUUUUGUUGUAGGAGUAUUGGAUCAUGAAGAGUUGUUUGGGAGAUUAAAACUUGGUGAGAAUGAGAUUGACGUAAAUCAGAAGGACUCCAUCAAGAAGACACUUCUUCCUUAUGUUUCUUCUGAGAUCGCUACUCGUCCAAGUUUUGCAUGGGACAAUGCUUUUCUAACCGAGCCAGGUGUUCUUGAUGCGGAGGAAUUGUCUCUAGUGAACAACGGUUUCACUAGUAACACUCAGCCUCGUACCUCUGCUGAUUCCAUGACGACAGCAACUGAAGGAAGCAGAUUCUCUGUGUCGAGCAUUGAGCUUGAUCUGUUUAACGACCUGAGAGCCUCUUUAAGUAAUGUAAAGCAGAGGGGAGCUAAAGAGAUCCAGUGCAAGUUACCAGAUGGAAACAAGAGGACUAAAUGGUAUAAACUGAAAAGUCAACGUUUGAGUCUCAUUCCUCAACCAAAAGUCUAUCCUUCUUCAUCUUCAGUCUCCAAAUCUUUGACUCCUCGUCAAGCUAAACCUGAGAAGGAAGUUGUUGCGAGUGAACAAGGGAAUAAGGGAUCAAAAUCUAUCAUACGAUCAUCGUAUAAAGGGAAGGAUUCAACAUCAUCAUCCUCUGGUCUGAGGUUACCAUUGCCAAAGAUGGGAUUCUUCGAGUCGGAGAAUGAUGGAGACAAAGAAAACAAAGAACCAAACGCUUCUGCAAACAGAAGAAGAAGACACAAGUCCAAACUUGAGACGCUUUCUUCACAAGAAAACCUCAGCGUUUUGGGCCAACGCAAAACGCGAAAGUGAAACGGGCAAUAGCGAAUGUACUUUGGUCUUGUGUGCGUUGCAAGGAAUCGUUUGCGAUUGCUAACUGAGUUAGUGUUUCUUGUUGGAUAAGUCAGCUGUCUUGUCUUUUAAAAAAAAAAAAAACAGCCGGCGAUAAUUACAAGUUGUUGAUGAAUGGACAUCUUACUUUAUUUUAAGACACUUUCUCAGUGUAUUACAUCAAAGCUCUUUUCUCCUUUUUUUUCCUCUUAUGAUUUUUUAUGACCUUCCUUGUUAUGCUUCUCAAGCAUCUUCUCUUGUGCUGGCUCGUUACCAAACCCAGAGCCUACUUGGAUUUCUCUUUGACCAU